CCGAUAAAGGGAAAUGAUAUGGGAAAUGGCAUAUUCUGCCGCCGUCUUGCUCACUCGUCACUGCCACUUCCCUUCCAAUCUCAUUCCCAUUUCCUAUUUGCAACUCUCUAGAUUUCGAAAACCAGAUUACUUCCGCUGCCGAAGCCAAUUUGGGACUGUGCUUAUGUCUUCUUCGGCUUCAGAAACUAAGGAUACUGCUCCUUAUGGUUCUUGGAAGUCUCCGAUCACUGCAGAUGUUGUUUCCGGCUCAGAUAAGCGGCUCGGCGGCUUCGCAGCCGAUUCUUUAGGACGCCUAUUUUGGCUGGAAUCACGGCCGACGGAAUCUGGAAGAAAUGUUCUGGUAGGACAAGCUGAUAGUGAGGGGUCCAAACCAGCUGAUAUUACACCUAAAGAUUUUGCAGUGAGGACUGUAACACAAGAGUACGGAGGCGGAGCCUUCUGUAUAUUUGGAGAUUCUGUUGUCUUCUCAAAUUACAAGGAUCAAAGACUAUACAAGCAAUCAGUUUCAUCUAAUGAUUCAGUUCCUGUGCCACUCACACCAGACUAUGGUGGACCACUUGUGUGCUAUGCUGACGGAGUCUUUGAUUCUCGGUUUAAUCGGUUCCUGACUGUAAGAGAAGAUCGUCGUGAAAGCAGUACCAAUGCCACCACAACAAUUGUUUCCGUUGAUUUAGGCAACCCCAUAAAAGAACCUGAAAUAUUAGUUGAGGGAAGCGACUUUUAUGCAUUUCCGCGGAUUGACCACAAAGGAGAACGAGUGGCUUGGAUUGAAUGGCAUCAUCCGAACAUGCCAUGGGACAGAUCUGAACUAUGGGUUGGCUAUUUAUCUGAGAAUGGAGACAUCAAGAAACGCAUCUGUGUUGCUGGUGGUGAUGUGUCCAUUGUCGAAUCACCAACUGAGCCUAAGUGGGCGCCUGAUGGGGAACUUUUCUUCAUCACUGAUAGAAAAAGUGGGUUUUGGAAUAUUUACAGAUGGGUGGAAUCAACAAAUGAAGUAUUGCCCGUUUAUGCAUUAAAUGCUGAGUUUACAAGACCAUUAUGGGUUUUUGGCUUGAACUCAUAUGAAUUUCUUCAAAGUUCUCAUAAGAAUCUAAUCGCUUGCAGCUACAGGAAGAAUGGAAGGUCAUAUCUAGGAAUUGUUGAUGUUGGGGAGAGCAAACUAACACCAAUUGACAUUCCUUUCACAGAUCUUAAUAACAUUACGUCAGGGCUCAACUGCUUGUAUGUUGAAGGAGCAUCUGCAAUUCAUCCUUCAUCAAUAGCCAAGGUGGUUUUAGAUGAUCAGAACUCAAAAGUAGUUGAUUGCUCUAUUAUGUGGUCGUCUUCUACUAUAAGUCCAUCAUACAAACCAUACAUAAGCUCACCGGAGCUUAUAGAAUUCCCUACAGAAGUUCCAGGGCAAAAUGCAUAUGCAUACUUUUACCCUCCCACAAACCCUCUAUUUCAAGCCAAUCCAGAUGAGAAGCCUCCUCUUCUGUUAAAGAGUCAUGGAGGCCCUACUGCUGAGAGCCGUGGUAUUUUAAAUCUAAACAUCCAAUACUGGACGAGUCGCGGGUGGGCUUUUGUUGAUGUUAACUAUGGUGGCAGCACUGGUUAUGGCCGUGAGUAUCGCAACAGGCUGAUCAAAAAGUGGGGAAUAGUUGAUGUUGAUGACUGCUGCAGCUGUGCCAAGUUUUUGGUUAACAGUGGGAAAGCUGACAGUGAAAGGUUAUGCAUCACGGGGGGUUCUGCCGGUGGAUACACAACCCUGGCUGCACUUGCAUUCAGAGAUGUAUUCAAAGCCGGCGCAUCCUUAUAUGGAGUGGCUGACUUGGCAUCGUUGAGAGCAGAAACUCACAAGUUUGAAUCUCACUACCUUGACAACCUUGUUGGAGAUGAUGUUGCCUAUGCUGAGAGAUCACCUAUCAAUUCUGUGGAUAAGUUUUCUUGCCCCAUAAUACUCUUCCAAGGGUUGGAGGACAAGGUAGUUCCACCCGAUCAAGCACGCACAAUUUAUCAAGCAUUGAAGCGUAAGGGCUUGCCUGUCGCUCUCGUAGAAUAUGAAGGAGAACAGCAUGGUUUUCGCAAGGCUGAGAAUAUCAAAUUCACCCUCGAACAAGAGAUGGUGUUCUUUGCACGACUGGUCGGGCACUUCAGAGUCGCGGAUAAUAUCACCCCCAUUAAGAUCGACAACUUUGACUGAAACUGAAUCUCUGAUCUUGAUCCAAGCUGCCUCAAAGUUGCUGAUUCCUCGUAGGACUGGUGUCGGAGAGAUUGCUCACUCUUGGUAAGGCUGGUCAGAUAUACUGUUGCUUGGUAGUUUAUGGAUACACUCCAGCCAUGAACUUCUAAUGAUUAGAAAAGCUCAUUGGUGCUGUUUUCUGUUUUCAACAUCCCAAAAAUAAUGUCUUCAUGAUUCAAGUAAGAACCUAUACUUUUUUGCGAUUCUAACAUGAAGACAUUCCGGUAAA